AUGGAGAUCGAGAGAAGUAAUGCAUCUGUUUUCGAUCGUCCGCCACGCCCUUAUGCGAAUAAGAACAAAGUCUGUCACUUUUGGCUCCAAGACAGAUGCAACAGGAACCCCUGUAGGUUUCUUCACCCGGCUUUUCCGGAAUCACAGAAUUGCAGCGGGAACAAUUUCAAAUACGUUAAUGAUGUCAGGGUUCCGAAUUCCGGCCAGAUUGCCGGAAGUAAGAACGGUCAGAUGAAUCCGGAGAAGGGAAUAUUGGCCAGAACAACAGAGCAGCUUGGAUCGAAGCAAAAGAAGCUUUGCCCAUAUUGGGUCGACGAUAGAUGCGUUUACGGUCCAUUGGUGUUUGCCGGAUUAAGAAACGCCGUUAAAGUCUUGAACAUGGAAUCGAACACCGACAUUGUUUUGCCUUCUGUAGGUGGUCUUGUCAAUGCCAUGGUCCUGAAUGAUGGUGUGUUAUUCGCCGGCGUAGAAGACGGUUCAAUUUUGGCAUGGAAGUCGAAUUCGCAAUCCGGCAAGCCUGAAGAAUUGGCAGCUCUAAAAGGCCACAAUUCUGCCGUAAUCUCCCUGGUUGUUGGAGCAAAUAGGCUGUUUUCAGGGUCUAAAGAUCAGACCGUAAGAGUUUGGGAUCUUCAAACAUUGGAAUGUAUUCAUACAUUAAGAGGCCACAAUGGUUCAGUGACUUCCCUAAUUUGUUGGGACAAAUUCCUGUUUUCUGGAUCGUUAGACAAGAGUUUGAAGAUUUGGGGAGCAUCAGCUGAUCAAAGUGGGGAUUUGGAAGUAAUGCAUGAGAUGAAACAAGAGAGUGGGAUUCUUGCUUUAUGUGGGAUCACAAAAGAAGAUCAACAACAACACAUUCUACUUUGUUCGAGUGAAGACAACGUUGUUAGAAUGUAUGACUUGCCAUCGUUUGCAGAGAAGGGAAGAACUUAUUCAAAGGGUCAAGUCCUGGCUGUUGAGACUGGUCCUGGAGGACUGUUUUUCACUGGUGAUUCCACUGGAAAGUUGAAUCCAGUGGUGUUUGUCAUUAUGUGGAAGUGUCUUUCAAAUGCCUUUGGAAGCUCUGGUCCAAAGAAGGUUAGUUCGAGUGAGAGUCUGCCUUUUAUAGAAGACUCAUCUGAUGACGAGACAUGUUCAAAUGUCAGUGUUGAGGAAGGGUUGGAAUGUCCGAUAUGCUGGGAAUCUUUUAAUAUUGUCGAAAAUGUUCCCUAUGUUCUUUGGUGCGGCCACACUCUAUGCAAGAAUUGUGUCCUAGGGCUUAAGUGGGCUGCGUUGAAGUUCUCCUCUCAACAUAUUCAGAUUCCGUUCUUCAUUUCAUGUCCAUGGUGCAAUUUGUUGACAUUUCGACUCAUUUACAAAGGAAAUCUCAGAUUUCCCAGCAAAAACUUUUUCCUCCUCUGGAUGGUUGAGAGCAGAAAUGGUGACCGGAUGAAGACCUCUUCCUCCAUCUGCGGGGACCAUCAGGUAUGGUCUCCCAGGUGCACUUCAGUGAUUGGAAAUCCUGCAUCCAGUACCCUUAAUAGAAGGGUACAUCGCCUUGGCAAUUCAGGAUCUAACAACAAUGAGAUUGGACUGGCCAACCGUACAAACACCAUGGACAGGCCCCAAUUUUCCUUUCAAAAAUCCCUUGAUUACUUCUUCAACUUAACAGCAAAGCUUCCGCUGAUCGUGGUACUCCUUACCAUUGUUGUCUUUGCACUACCCUCUAGUGCUGUCAUAUUGAUACUUUACUUGGUCAUCACAAUCGUGUUUGCCGUCCCAGCUUUUCUGGUAUUGUACUUUGGAUAUCCUGCUCUAGAUUGGCUGGCAAGAGAAAUCACCUCCUGA